AUGAAAAUUAAUAUUCGUCGUUAUUUAUUUAUGCUGUCCUUUGCCUUAUUUGUGUCGCUAUUAUAUCUUUUAAAUGCGAUUUUGUUCAUCAGUCCAUAUUCUUUUGGAGGGAUUAAAUAUUUUGAUAAUUUUAACAAAACUUGGCCGUUUAUUGAGUAUGGUGAAGUGGAAAAAAUGAGCGUCUUGGCACUUUAUCCUAUGGCUAUAACACAAACCCUUCCUUAUAUAAUAAUUAUUAUUUGUGGAUUCAAAAUGGUUAGAUAUGUCAAUUUAAACACUAAUUUUGAUGGAGAGCUAAAAAGACUGAAUAAACUUUUAACAAAAGUUUUGAUUCUUUUGGUAAAUUUUUUUGAUUGA